AUGGAUGCUGUGGUGGUGGACUCAGCACGGGGAGAGCAUGGUUCGACUCUUCUCAGACAGCUGGAGAGGAUGAGAGCAGCUCAGGAUCUCACUGACGUGGUGCUGGUGGCAGAAGGCAUUACCUUCCCUUGCCACAAGGUGGUGCUCUCUGCUUUCAGUCCUUACUUCCAGGCCAUGUUUACAUGUGGUCUGAAGGAGACCAGAGGAGGUGAGGUUCCUCUUGUAGAUAUUCCAGCCCAAAUCCUGGAGCUGCUGCUGGGCUAUAUGUACCGUGCAGAACUUCCUCUAAACAACAACAAUAUUCAGAGAGUGGCUGCUGCUGCAUUCUUGCUCCACAUUGAUGGAGCCUUCAGGUUGUGCCAAAGCCAUAUGGAGACCCGAAUGGACCCUGCAAACUGUGUUGGACUGUACCACUGGGCCAAAGAUCUGGGAGCCACUACCCUGGCUGAGGGUGCCUACAGAUUCCUCUGCCAAAAUUUUACACAGGUUUCUGAAGAAGAGGAAGUUCUAGGACUAGAUGCCCAAAGUCUUGGGGAUCUUCUGGCUUCAGAUGACCUCAACAUAACCCGGGAGGAGACUGUGCUGGAGUUGGUGCUGCGUUGGGUUGAAAGGCGGAGGGGGGAUUUGCAGAGCGAAGCCCUGGCUGUGGAUUUACUGAGGCGUGUCCGACUGGAGCUUGUGGAGCCAGGAUUCCUCCGCAUAGCACGGAGGCGAAACCCAGUAUUGCUACGGGAUGCUGAAUGCUUUGGGAUGAUUGAUGCUGCUCUCCAGACCUCAGCUCUUUGUGAGACGUCAGCUCCGCCUCGGCCGGCCCUUCGAUACGGCAUGCAGACCACAGACCUGCUGCUCUGCUUGGGUGGAGUAAAUGAGGCUGGAGUGCCUGCUCGCCGUGGGGGGCUUGCUGACCUUAGCUUUUGCUUUGCCCCACAAGGCAGAAGAACUUUCUACAUUCGAUCUCCACUGAGGGGCUCUAGAGGCUUAGGUCAGAUCACAGCAGGAGCAGUGACGCGAGACAACUGCAUAGUGGUGGCCAUUGAGGUUGAAGACCAACAUAGGACAAAGAGGGUGGAUAUAUACAGGUAUGAUAAUUCAGAGGAGAACUACUGGGUAGGACUGUGCUCAGCAUCAUACAGGGACAUGUAUGCGUUUGGGCAGCUUGGCGAUGCCCUGUAUGUGAUUGGUGGCCAGAAGAAAGUGCGUAAUCACUACAUCAUCACUGACAGUGUGGAGAGAUGGCCGCUCAAGACAGGAGGCAGCUGGCUAAGUUCUGCCUCUUUGCCUCUCCCUUUAGCUUGCCACAGUUUCAUCAGCCUGAAGGACCAUCUCUAUGUGUUAGGUGGCUGGACACCACAGGACCAGCCAGAUGAUGAACCAGACAGGUUGAGCAACCGUGUGUUUCAGUUUGAUCCAGGUAAGGACAGGUGGACAGAAUGUGCCAAGAUGAAGUACUCCAGGUACCGCUGUGGCUCAGCUGUCCUCAAUGGCGAGAUCUACGUAAUGGGUGGUAUAGGAUGUGAUGGAGCAGAUCAUGGACAGUCACGUCGCAGUCUAAGCUCUGUAGAGAUUUAUAACACAGAUACAGACACCUGGAGGCCAGGACCGACCCUCCCCAUGACCCCGCUGUCUCUCCGAACCAACACUACCAAUGUAGGAGUAGUUGAGGGCAAGCUCUACCUUUGUGGAUACUAUAAGGGUGCUGGCCGUCAUGAGAGCAUCACAAAGGAGAUUUUUGAAUUGGAUCCUGCAGACAAUGUGUGGACAGUGGUGGAAAGGCGAGCAGCUAUGCAUGACAGCUACGAUGUGUGUCUGGUGGCCAACCUCAACCCUCGAGACCUUUUCACACCUUAAUUCGACGCCUGACUCUGAGCAAUAAUGAUGUGUGGAACAAAUUUCUCUCCACUGGAUACCUGUUUGGUUACUGUUGCUUUUACAGAACAAAAAAGAAAAUGGCUAUCACAUCUGUAAAGAUUUGCACUUUCUACCAGAACACUCAUUCAGUUCCCAUCUUGAUGAUGAGAUGAGCUGAGAUGAUCUUGAGUCCAGACAAGGACCAACUGGUAGCAGUGGGGUGGCGGAGGGAGCAUCAGGCAGGGAACUGAAAAAACUGCAAGAGAUUAGGGAGACA